CACACACACACACACACACCCCAUCUACCUGCAACACAGAAAGCAUUCCUCUCACAGUCUUUCUCUGGAUAGAAUUUUGGGACUUGGGGUUUUUGGGAAGAAACUUGGUGGACACGAUGCUUUAUCACAUGGAUUAAUAUUUUUUCAAUCUGGAUUACUUUUGUUUUCAUAAUCUUAACUUUGUCUUAAUAUUAUUUUGAAGUUGCAAGAAAUUCCUGGAAAGUUGGUGCAGUGGCUCUGCAGUGAUGGAAGCUGGAGGAUUUGAAAAGGACUGAAUGUGAGACAGCGAGACCGUGUCCGUGGCCAUGAUGCGCGUUUUCCGCGGAGGCUCGCGCUACCUGUGCGCCGGAUUCCUGGCGCUCGUGCUGUUUUUGCUCGAGGUUCGAUGCGGCAGCAGCGCGUGUCCUGCGCCGUGCACGUGCAAUGAGCCCACCGAGGUGCACUGCACGUUUAGAUCUCUGAGCGUGAUACCAAGCGGGGUUCAGCCACCUGUGAAAAGAAUUAACCUGGGGUACAACAGUCUAACAAUCCUAAAAGAACAUGAACUGUCAGGUCUGGAAAGCUUGGAGUUGUUAAUGCUGCACAGUAACACCAUCCAAACCAUUGAGGACAGGGCGUUCAGAGACCUAAAGGCUCUGCAGGUAUUAAAAAUGAGUUACAACCGAGUGAAAGAGCUACGCAAAGAGACGUUUCAAGGCCUGGACAAUUUGUUGCGUCUCUAUAUGGACCAUAAUACCAUCGAAUUCAUCCAUCCAGAAGCUUUAUAUGGUCUAAUUUCUCUACAGUUAAUCAAUCUCGAAGGCAACUUACUCCAGCAGCUUCAUCCAGACACUUUUAUAACUCUGAGAUACAACCAGAUAUUCAAAUAUUCGUCUAUCAAGACCAUAUAUCUAUCAGAAAAUGCACUGACCACUCUACAUGCUACAGUGUUCGCUGGUUGCUACCAGUUAGAGAAUCUCUUUCUCGCUGGAAACCCUUGGUCGUGCGACUGUCAAAUGGAAUGGCUUGCAGCAUGGAUCGAGAGAAAUCCAGGUGUUCUGAAAUGCAAAAGAGACAGGUUUUCUGGGGAACAGAUGUGUCCCAUCUGUAAAUCUCCACUUACCUCCAGAGGAAGCAGUAUUAUUUAUCUGUCAAGUCAAGCCUACACAUGUUCUAAGCCAUGGAUUCAUUCCCAUUUGAAACAGAGAAAUAUCACAAUGGAGGAGAACAGCUAUGCCCCAGUUCUUCCCAAAGACUUUAUUGCUCCAAUUGGGAUGAUGGAAAUGAAAAUCACAGACCAGUAUAACAAUGAUGCCAGUGUUGCCUGUGUUGUACAGAGGCCAGGGGGUUUGGACAACUUGAAUGUAACAGAAGGAGUAAUGGGAGAUGAUGUUACAACACUCAGUGCAACUGUGGCUACGUCACUUGUUUGUAACAUUGAUUACGAUCACAUUCGUCAGCUUUGGGGCAUCUUGGCCUUGUACAGUGAUUCUCCAAUGAGACUUGAGAGGGAGUUACUUCUCACCAUGUCACCGGAAAUGAUCUACAAAUACAAGCAAGCAAGAUCAGCUGAUAGUGAAAUCUUCACGGAGAUUGAUGCAGAAAUUAAGGCAAAUCCUGCAUGGUUAAUGCAAGGUACCAUUAACUUACAGCUGGACCGUACUACCACCACAUAUUCAACGCUCCACAUUAAAUAUUUUUCCAAAAUUGAAAUGAAUAUCGAAAGCAAUAAAGUGAGAAGAGACCGAUUCAGCUGGACUAUGAUCAAAAAGCACAACCAGACUAAGACCGAGUUCUCAGUACUUUCUGGUGGUGUGGCUGAACUGAACUGUGAGAUCUAUGGUGAUCCCAAACCCUCCACAGAGUGGAUAUUACCAGAUGGAAUCAAGGUGCGUGCGCCAUAUAGCAGCGAGGACCGGAGGAUAGAAAUAUUAGACAGUGGGAAGCUUACUUUAAGAGCUGCAGAUAGCUCUGAUGCUGGUAUUUACCACUGCAUUGCGACUAAUUAUCUAGAUGCAGAUGUAUUGUCUUUUAGGGUUACUGUACUGUCCCCAGAUGUUGAGGAGGAGGAUGUCAAUGGGGUUCGGCUUUCACGAACAGUAGGUGGGAGCUUAGUUCUUGAUUGUGAAACAAACGGUACCCCAGAAGCUUCUGUACAAUGGAUAUUACCAGACCAUACUGUUAUGGACCGGUCUUUUGGAAACAGGAGACUCUACCCAAAUGGUACUUUAGCAAUACAUCCAUUGACUGAGAGAGACAGGGGUUUUUACAGAUGCAUAGCUGCUAACCAUCUCGGGGUAGAUUUAUUAGCCUCCCUAGUAACUGUUUCUACUGAUGUGUCAAAAAUUGUAACACAGACUAGCAUAGACGGGUCUGGUGAUGAUGUACAGGUGGGCAUGGAAGAUAGCCACAUGCUUUACAGUGAAGGUGAUUCUAGUAGAGUUAGCCAGGAAUCAAGGACAAUUACUUCAGAUAGACCGUACCCAAGGCUCAGGCCUUCACUUCGCCAUGGAGCAACAACAAAUAGAAGGGGUGGUAGCAGGCACACUGGGUGGUCUAGAAGAGUGUUUGACAAAGCAUCCAGGAGAGUAGACCCUGAGAGAUUAGCAGAUUAUAUCAAGAGAUCUCAAAACAAAAAAUCUAGGAAAGAUAAAGAUGGCAGUAUAAACCCAACAGAUAAAUCACAAGCUAAUGUAGGACUUUCUGUUGAUGAUGAGACAGGUUCAGGGAAUAUAGUGUUUGAAGAUGAUGUUUCUAAGCCAGAUCAAGCAAUAUCAAGUACAGAAAAUCCAGAAAAUAUCUAUGGUGGUGUUAUGACCACAUAUCACCUACUAAAGAAUGAUCAGAAUAAGGCUGCUGAAAUCACAGAGGCACUAAGAGAUGAUCUAAGCAAUGUUAUAACAACAACAGAAAACAUGAGUACAGUCACAACAGGUUCCUACUCUUACACAGAUGGCAGCCCAAUGGUGCCAAGUGUUACUCUUAGCAAUUAUGAAUUUCAAAAAGAUGAGACAACACCUUUAAUUACUACCCAAGGUUAUAAAGUUGGUCUUAGUAGAAGCAAAUCCUACAGCUCAGAAAGAAGCACAAAUACACCUUUGCAACCAUUUACCAUAAAAUUUACAGUUACUGAAACCAUGGAUGAAAUGGAGCUUCAGUUUUCUGGGGAUAUGCCAGAGACUGCAACUGAGGUACUGCCACAUCUCAACUCUCAAGGCCCUAAUGUGACAUCGACGCUGGAUCGAUCAACAAAAAGGGCGAACCCAGUAGUACACAUGUCUACAGACCCCGAGAGCCAAACCACUUUUACAGCGGUCACUACUACAGAACGAGAACAAGAUGAGAUCACAUUUCAUACUACUCAAAGAAUCAAGUCUCCUCAUCUGCCCCCUGGAUCUACUAUCAUCUCCCACCAGCAAAUACACAUUAUUCCUCCCAAUAAAAAGCGACCAGGAAGGAGACGUAAUUUUUUCAGUAGGCGCAGAAUUAUUCGGCCGAACAAGAUUACAGAUAUACAGUCUUUACUAGAUAAGAUCAAAAGGCCAUCUGUAGAGUAUGAGAGCAAUACCACUGUCCCAUACGCAGUGGAACUGACCACAAAUUGUGAUAAUGCGAAAGGAAGAAUGUCUACUGUAAAAUCCAAAACAGAAGAAGAUUCAACAAGCAGAUCUCAAUUGCCUACAUCUUCUUUAGAAAAAAUGGAAAAACUAAGCACAACAACUCAGAGCACCCCAUUUAUUUCUUCAUCAGUUAUAUCCUCUAAGUCUACUACAUUUAAAAGUGAUGAUCAGUUGAAGUCUGAUAGUUCCAGUGAAUAUAUUCACAAACCUGCAAAAGAUCCAGUGAAAGAAGUUUCAACCAAUGUUGCAACUACAACAACUAAGGCUUCUAAAGUCAUACAGGGAAAGAUACCAUGGCAUAGGUUUUUCGGAAGCAAAGAGGGUCAGCGGGAAAUUCUUAAGAGACUUAGAAAACCAUCCAAACCAUCCAUAACAAUAAAGAGCACAACAGUCAGAACCAUGACCACAACUGCACCAUCAAAGGCAUUAACUACCCUACCUACAGCUGAGUCAAUGGCUGCACCAAUGACUACCAUGCCCCCUGUCACCCAAAGAAAUCAAGGCAAUUCAUGGAUAUCCUUUGAUAACUUAUCAGGUUCAUCAAAAUUCACAGAAUCACAGAAUUCUUAUGAAGGGAUCACUUUAUUUACAACUGCCAGUCCAUCCAACAAAUACCAAAAAGCGCCAGUAAUGUACACGCCAGUAACUAUACCUAUGUAUGGAACCAGACUAUCCAUCACUACACCAUCCCACUUUAUACCAAUUCCACCAUCCCUAACAACUACUAAAAUGACAUACAAAGAAGAUACAGUUGAGUUCUCAGGCUCUGACUCUGGAGGAUCUGGGGGAUUUGCUGGUAGAUCUGGAAGAAUUCGAAAGCCAGGUUUCAACAGACGACGAGGUUUCAGAGGAAGACGGCCAGUUAAAAUCUCUACCACACAAGCUCCAACUACCAAAUCUGCUACACUUGAAACCACCUCUUUAACACCACAGACAACCUCAAGAGUAACCAAGCCCUUAUAUAUACCUACUAUUGAGGUUGCAAGAUCCUCUAUACACGUAUCAUCUGACAUAAUAGACUCUGACAAUGAAGAAUGGAGAAACACAGCCAAACCUACCAACUUCCCAAAAACUCAUUCUAUAGCAAGUGAACCUUCACCAACACAGAGCUUAUAUUAUACAACUAAUACAGCAAUGGCAUACAUCACACCACAGUCAGAAACCCCAAAUACCAAAGGAAGAAUCAACACAAAUAAGAUAAUUCCUCCAAGAAGGGGUGGAAGGUAUCAAACACAGAGACCUGCAAUUCAAAGAAUAAGGCCAAAAUUAACUAAUAGAAACAGGGACCAUCUUAAACUACCAAGAGCAACUACUUCCCCUGACACUAAAAGGGAUGGAUCUAAAAAGAGGACUAGUACAGAGAGGACACUAAUCUAUGACACAGUGACUGUUGUCACGGCAGAAGAAGACAACAAGAUCACUUCAGUUCCAUCCAGCAGUGAGAUCUCUAAUGAAAUUCUAAAUACUUAUGACACUAUAUCAUCAACUACCAAUGGAUUUGAAUCAUCUACAAAGGAUAAAACAUCUAAGCCAAGAAUCAUUGGGGGACAUGCAGCCAGUUUUACAGUUGAGUCAAACUCUGAUGCUUUCCUUCCUUGUGAGGCUACAGGCAACCCUGAACCUGCCAUCAGCUGGAAACGGUUCUCCCCAGGCACAGGGACUACUUUGAAUAUUAAAGGAAAGGUGGGUAAAUUUGAGGUGUUCAGGAAUGGAACAUUGUUGAUCCAGAAUGCAAAUGUCAAAGACCGAGGACAAUACCUUUGUCUGGCUGAGAACGCUUAUGGGUCUGACAAACUCACUGUCAUGCUGUCAGUGGUGGCUUAUCCUUCCCGAAUAUUGGAAGCAAAAUUUCGAGAGAUCAAAGCCCACUCUGGUGAAAAGGUUGAGCUGAAAUGCGAGACAGAAGGAAGACCAGUGCCAGUUGUGUCCUGGAUUCUAGCAAACCGCACUCAAGUCAGGGGUCAAAACAGUGGUCAUGGCAGAGUAACCGUUACACCAGAAGGUACUCUGGUCAUCCAGAAGAUAUCAGUAUAUGAUCGAGGACAUUAUAAGUGCAUUGCAAGUAACCCAGCUAGUAUAGAUACUGUGACUGUACGUCUUCAGGUGGUGGCAGCUCCUCCUGGCAUUUUGGAAGAGAAACGGCAGCUGGUGAGGGCUAAUGUUGGGCAGAGUGUAUGGAUGCCCUGUACAGCGCAAGGAGACCCUCAACCCACGACACACUGGGUUUUGAUGGAUGGGACAGUUGUAAUGCCACUUCACACUAGCUCCAGAGUGUACUCAUUUCAUAAUGGUACCCUUCAGUUGAAAAACCUGGAUGUCUCAGACAGUGGAAAAUAUGAAUGCAUUGCUACAAGUUCCACAGGAUCUGAGCGGAGAGUGGUCACACUAUCUGUGGAAAAAACAGAAAUUGCCCCCCAAAUAAUUGAAACAUCAGACCGGAGGACUGAGCUGGGAUAUGGCAGCCAACUUCGCUUGAACUGCUCUGCAACUGGCAUUCCCAAACCCCAAAUUAUUUGGAGACUUCCAUCCAAAGCCCUUGUGGACCAGUGGCACAGAAUGGGCAGCCGUAUCCAGGUGCUGGAGAAUGGCACGCUUGUCAUUGACUCAGUUAGCGACAAGGAUGCUGGAGACUACCUUUGUGUUGCACGCAGCAAUGCUGGAGAUGAUCUGCAACUAAUGAAAGUAUCUGUGUCCAUGAAACCAGCUAAGAUUGAAGCCAAAUUUUUUGGGAAGAAACAGGUGCCAUAUGGCAAGGAACUAAAGGUAGAUUGCAAGGCUUCUGGUGCCCCUGUACCGGAGAUUUCAUGGGGCUUGCCAGAUGGUACAUUGGUCAACAAUGCUCUUCAAGCUGAUGGCAGGAUAAGAAGUCGAUCUAAACGUUAUAUAUUGUUUGACAAUGGAACGCUUUAUCUGAAUGAGGUGGGGAUGGAUGAAGAAGGUGACUAUACCUGUUAUGCAGAGAACACCUUAGGUAAGGAUGAAAUGCACGUUCACAUCACUGUUGUGAGUGCAGCACCUCGGAUACGCCCCUCAUUCCUGACUUAUGCCAAAGUCAAGCCAGGUGGGAACAUCCGCUUUGACUGUGAGGCCAUAGGCGAACCCAAACCAAAGAUUCUGUGGAUGCUACCAUCCAGUGACAUGAUUGCUGCAUCAAAUGAACGAUACUUGAUGCAUGUCAAUGGUUCUCUUGAGAUCCGCAAUAUAAAAUUAGCUGAUGCUGGAGAGUAUGUUUGCAUAGCUCGCAAUGCUGCAGGUGACGAGAGCAAAGCGUACAAGUUGGAGAUGGAUGGAAAUCCACCUAUCAUCAAUGGCUAUUUUCAGAAUAGGACAGUUGUUAAGGAUACAGCAGAAAAGUAUUCUAGGAAGUUAAUAGACUGCAAGGCUGAAGGAGAUCCUCCUCCAAAGAUCACAUGGGUAAUGCCAGACAAUAUCUUCCUCUCAGCUCCUUACUACGGGAGCAGAAUUGUUGUCCAUUACAAUGGGACUCUAGAGAUCCGCAAUGUUAGACCUACAGACACUGCUGAGUUUAUCUGCAUGGCACGGAAUGAUGGGGGUGAAGCUGUCUUGGUAAUACACCUGGAGGUUACCAACCAACUUAUGAGGCCGAUCUUUAAAAACCCCUUUAAUGAGAGAGUGGUGACUCGACUAGGGAAAACUACAGUACUUAACUGUUCUGCUGAUGGAAAUCCACCUCCAGAUAUGAUCUGGACUUUACCUAAUGGUACCCAGUUGACUGGAGGGCCUAUUAGGUCAUCUCAACAUCACCUAGGCAGUGAUGGCACAUUUGUCAUUUAUAAUCCAAGCAAAGGGGAUGCUGGCAAGUAUCGGUGUGCCGCAAAGAACAAGAUUGGAUACAUUGAGAAACUGAUUAUUCUUGAGGUUGGACAAAAGCCUUACAUUCUGACACGGCCGAGAGGGAUUAUCCGCAGCAUGUCUGGAGAACCCUUGUUCCUCCACUGUUUGGUUGAUGGAAGUCCUCGUCCCAACGUCUUAUGGACUCUGCCCGGAGGUCAUGUCAUAAGCCAUUCUCAGAUAACUGGUCGCUACCAGGUAAUGGACAAUGGCACGCUAGUCAUCCAUCAGACCAAUUUACACGACCGUGGGAAUUAUGUGUGCCAUGCAAAGAAUAAUCUAGGGGAUGCAGUUCUAACUGUGCCUGUCACCAUAUUUGCCUACACUCCCCGCAUCACUUCUGGACCCCCACCAAACGUAAAGACAAAAACGGGCACUCCAGUGCAGCUACACUGCAUUGCUGUUGGAAUACCAAAACCAGAAAUCACCUGGGAACUGCCUGACCGAUCUGUUCUCUCCACGGCCGGGAAGGGACGUUCUGCAGGCAGCGAGCUCCUCCAUCCACAGGGCACCCUUAUAAUUCAGAAGCCAACAAGAGCUGACUCUGGCCCUUAUAAGUGCUUAGCAACUAAUCAUCUUGGGACAGACACCAGGGUCACAUAUAUGACAGUUAUUUAAAACAGGCAACCAACAUCCACCAGUGCUCUUAAAACCUUCAAGACAAAUGUCAGACACUAAUACUUCCCAAAACUCCCCUGUAUAUUAAGUGCUGUUAUGGCAUAUUUCAUCAUUUAGAGGGCUAGCGGUAGUAAAUGUUUUACAUUUAUUUAACCAUGUAUCACUCUAAGAUUUACAUGGGCGGUAUACCAAAAAAGAUGGAGAAUGAUGGAUGUAUGGAAUAGACUGCACCAAUCUGUUUGGCAUGAAAAUAAAUUUGGGACAAGGCCAUGAAGUCUACAGUCUAAAAAAUUACUUUAAGACUGAAUAGUUUUAUGUUGAAAAGAUAUGUGGUACUAACCUCAGGUGCUAAUGCAUACAGAGCUGUUAUGGGCAUGUAUGAGAUUUCACUGCUUUAAUUGCUCUCUAAACUUUUAUUGCCUAUAUAAUAAGUCAUGUAGUGAGCACCUAACAUCGAUCACUUAAUUUUUUUUUUUUUUUUUUUUUUUUUGCAAUGUCGUUUUUUAGUACAGUUCAUGUUGAUGUAAAAUAUUUGCAAGUUAUACCAUUUUAAGACUGAAUUAAUAUAUUUUGAUGGGGGAAAAUUUUACAGGUUUUUUUUAUAUGAUUGAUAGAAUACAGAAGAUCAGUAUACACGGAUAGUGGUCUCAUUCUUAUAUUUUACUGUAUAGUAAAAUAUACAAUAGUGUUUGUCACUGUAUAAAUGGUUUUGGAAUAAUUUUCACAAAUACCAAAAUCUGUGUGUCA